CAGCAGCAGAGGCAGAGGCAGCAGAAGCAGCGCCAGCAUUCGCAUUCGCAUUAACAUUAACAUUUAGAUUAAUAACCAUGGCAUCUCCGCCGGAAAGUCCCAUCGAGGAGGUGGUCUAUGAGUUAGAACACACACGCGUGCCUAAGCCCAUUCCGGUCGCUCUCGAGGACUUGUGCCGUCAGACCAAGUUCACCAAGCAGGAGAUUCGCGUCAUGUACAGAGGAUUUAAGACGGAAUGUCCGGAGGGUGUGGUGCACGAGGAUUGUUUUAAGGAUAUUUAUGCCAAGUUCUUUCCGCAUGGCAAUUCCAGUUUAUAUGCUCAUUAUGUGUUCAAAGCCUUCGACGUUAACUGCAACGGCGCCAUUAGUUUUCGGGAUUUAUUGGUCACUUUGUCCACGCUGUUACGCGGCUCCGUUUAUGAGCGUCUGCGCUGGACCUUCAAGUUAUACGACCUCAAUGGCGAUGGCCGCAUAAGUCGCGGGGAGCUGAGUGAAAUCGUUUUGGCCAUACACGAGCUCAUGGGCAGAAGAGCUCACCAGCCCGAGGACGAUCGCAAGGCCAGAGAUCAGGUGGAUCGAGUUUUUCGCAAAUUGGAUUUGAAUCAGGAUGGCAUCAUAACGAUAGAAGAGUUUCUGGAGGCAUGCCUGAAGGACGAUUUGGUGACGCGCUCAUUGCAGAUGUUCGACACUGACCUUUGAUGACAAGAGGAGCCAGAGAUCCGAAACACCAGGACUAUAGUACCGCUUAUAGAUCUAUAAAUUGUUGUUUCGGAUAAUACAGUCGACAGGAGACAUAGAGCGACAGAGACAUACGAUGAAGAGAAACAACAUAUUAGUAUUUAAUAUUAUUUCUAGGCAAUAAUAUCGAACGAACAACAAACUUGAACAUUUAUAAAUGUGUGCAAAUGACAAAAGAGUUGAAUAUAAAUAUUGAAUAUAUAUAUAUAUAUGUCACUUUUUAAGCAUAUUAUGAAUUAAAUCCUGCCGUCAGAAGCGAAUUGGUAUUAUACUCUUGAUGUACUUAUUGAAUGUAUUUCAAAGUGUUUCAAAGAAAAGCAACUUUACUUCUUAAUAUUGAAUGAACAAACAACUAAACAAAACCACCAACCAAAGUGAAUAAAAAAAAACUAAGAACUUGGAAACGGAAUUGGUUAUAUGAUAACAAAAUAAAAUCCAAAACGAUUUACUUUACACAAAAACGAAAA